AUGCUAAGCGGCGGGAGUGCUGUUGAUAUUGUCAGUCAGCGGAUGGAGGCAGCUAUACGCUCCAGCGACGGAGUUGGUGAAGGCGACAACAGCUGCAUUGUGCGUGUUCCACAACAGGACUUCUUAGUGGCGCUUGCCCGGCUCAUUCAGGGGUCACUGAAGGCACGCUUCACUGAGGAGGAGAAAGAAAUGCAGAAGCGCCUGGAGGAAUUGAAGCUGCAGCGUGAGCGGGUAUGUCACUUGCUAGACGACUUGCAGUUGGCUGAUGCGUUUGUUUCGUUUAAUGUCGGUGGGACGAUCUUUGCUGCGACACGUCGUACUCUUUGCGCGGUACCUGAGAGCAUGCUCGCGGUUCUUAUGGGCGAGUGGCUACCAGUGGAGCGUGACGCAUCUGGUGCCAUCUUUCUUGACCGUUCACCGCAUCUCUUCCGCGAGAUACUGUCGUACUUGCGCCUGAAGGCCGACCAUCAGAGGGAGCGAAGAGAGUGUGCCCGUGAGCUGGAGAAAGCGAUGGAUGAGGACAUUGAUGGUACCAUCAUGGCGCAGUUGGCGCAGACGAGUUGGCGCCAUAUGACCUCCAGACAACUGCACGCCGUGGCGGUUGAAGCAAACUACUAUAACUUGAAGAGCCUCGAACACUACCUUGUGCUAUACUGCCAGCGGCGGUGGAUUGAAUGUGGUUCUUUUGUUGCCUCGAGUGAGGGGAAUGAUAGUGGUGGUGGCGGUAUUAAUAGCCAAUCGCUUUCAACGGGCGCUGAAUUGUCAGAUGAUGCAGUGUUGUGCAUCGCCUACGAUGAGGAAAGUGGCGUGUGCGCUGUGGGCCGAGUGUCUGCUGUGGUGGCAGUGUACUUGCUCCCGUCGAUGGCUCGGCUCGAGACUCUGUGUGGCCACACGGACAGUGUCACGGGGGUGGUGGUCACACCAAAGCGAAUUUUUUCCUCCAGUCGUGAUGGAUUCAUUCAUGCUUGGCACAGCCGCGAGGGCUCCUUUGCCCCCAUCUGUAGUUUUAAGGCUCAUCAGAGUUUUGUUCAUGAUCUCCUUUUGCUGCGAGAGAAAGAAACACUCCUUUCAGGUGGCGAGGAUCACGCAAUAAGUGCUUGGAGCUUUCUGGAAGGAUCUUCGCCAGUAAUAACAGUAUCCGUUGUGACCCCGGGCCCCGUGCGGUGUCUUGCAGCUUACCAUGGGUACACUUUCGCUGCCUGUCGGGGUGAAAUAGUGGUGCUAGAUGUAGUGCGAGGGGAGCUUCUACCUCAACGAGGCAAGGCCCAUUCCGCGCCCAUACGUUCGUUGGCAGUCGACGAGCGCAGUGGGCUACUUGCGUCUGGUGGGUGGGACGGCGCAUUGUACGUGUGGGACGCCAAGGAGGCGGUAACAAGCAAUAAAAAUAACGUGGAGAAGGCGGCGGAGAAUAGUUUUGCACCUCUGUACGUGGUUGCACAGUGUGAUAGUUUGGUGAUGCAUGUAUCAUUUGUAGGUGGUUUGCUAGCGGCCUCCUGCGGUUCUACAAUGUACUUCUUUGAAUGUGGCUUGAUGCCGCGUGUUGUGCGCUGCAUUAAAGGAAGUGGAGACAAGGGAUGUAUUGGGGACAACCAGGACGAGUUGGUUCGGGUUUUCCUGACCGUUGAACGUGUGAACUGCCUGCUUGUUGGUGGACUUGAAGGCACUUUUACUGCUCUCCACAACCGUAUCUUUCCAGACGGAGUAGAGGUCGCGGAGAAAGGGUGCCAAUGGGAGGGGAAUUCUAGUUUUGCAUUCAUUUGA